CUAAGUCUAACAUGAUUCAGGGCAACAACAUAAUAAUCCUCAAGACUUUGCUAGAGUUGAGACUAAUGUUACACCAACAUGAUUCAUUCUUACUACUCUUGUAAGAGUAGAAAUAUCCCACAUCUGCAUAUGUGUUACGCAUGGGGUGCAUGGAUCCCAAGAUGGGGGCGUGGACGAGCAGAAUAAGGCAACGGGCCGAACCAAGGACAAACGGGCCGAAGAAGAAAAGGAACCAGCCCAGGAAGAACGUGGGAAGCCGCGAAGUGCUCUCAUUGAGAGACAUGACUGACGCAUCGUCCACCACGCAUGAACUCGAUUCUAGGGUUCACGAGAUGGGACACGCCAUGGUGCAGAUGCAGAGAGAUUUGGAAUUCAGGUUCGAGAGGCUUGACGGGGCUCUGGCUACGAUCCAAACCGCCGUGGCCGGCCUCCAAGCAGGCGGCGGUGGUGGCCGAAUAGGGCGGCACCCAGAUCACCACGAGGGCCCUAGGGGAGGCGGGUUCCAGACGCAAAAACCUAAGCUAGAGCCGCCCAAGAGCGACGACACAGAACCCCUGCGAUGGUUGUAUCAAGUGCAGGAGUAUUUCGCCUACUACGAAACACCUCUGGAGGACCGGUUGCGGUGCGUCACCAUGAUGCUUGAGGGACCAGCAGCCGAUUGGUUCCGGUGGCGAAGGAAUAACGGACUGCUCAGAGAUUGGGACGACUUUGUAGCAAAAUUCAAGCUCCGGUUCGACCCACUGCACUACGUAGAUUAUGUCGGCCAGUUAGCCCGAGUGCGGCAGGUGGCGGGGGUAAUGGAAUACCAGGGAGCAUUCGAGAAGGUACUCACCCAUGUCACUGACGUACUCCAACCCUACCUUCAAUCGUUGUUUCAUGCGGGCCUGAAGAACCACCCACAACAUGAAAUUAGCCUUUUAAGGCCCGAGACAUUGUCGGAGUUGUUAGAAUAAAGGCCCAACGCUAGAGGGGGGGUGAAUAGCAUUUAAAACAAAAUCGCAGGAAAUUAAAAUGAGAGCGUUAAAACUGAUAAUCGAUUAUUGUAAAGCUGAUAAUCGAUUAUUGCGUGCUUCAGAACUUGGAAGUUCAAAGCUGCAGUGGCUGAUAGUCGAUUGUCACUAAGGUGAUAAUCGAUUAUCACCCAGCUAAAGUCUAGCCAGCUGAAACCCGUUUUGAAAAACCGAGGUCCAAAAACGAAGUGUUCCCAAAAGUAAAAACCAAGUUUGAAAAACAUUGUAUAUGGUAUAAAAUAGUGAAAACAAGACUUGUUUGGUAAAAACCAAGUCCUCAAGGUCGUAAAUCACGUGCGUACGGUUUUGACCGUUUUUCACGUGUUAGACCGAUUGACCAAGAUACAAAAGUGGUUUUUAUAAAAUAAUUAUUCGGNGCUGAUAAUCGAUUAUUGCAAAGCUGAUAAUCGAUUAUUGCGUGCUUCAGAACUUGGAAGUUCAAAGCUGCAGUGGCUGAUAGUCGAUUGUCACUAAGGUGAUAAUCGAUUAUCACCCAGCUAAAGUCUAGCCAGCUGAAACCCGUUUUGAAAAACCGAGGUCCAAAAACGAAGUGUUCCCAAAAGUAAAAACCAAGUUUGAAAAACAUUGUAUAUGGUAUAAAAUAGUGAAAACAAG